UCUGACUCCGAAGUCUCAAUGACUGGUCUCCGUUUUGGCAUCGUUUCUGUGCUUUAGAUUCUUUGAUGCCUAAACGAGCUUAAUAGCCCUUGGUUGUUUACCUGGACGUUUCUGCAAUCCAAAACCAAAGAAUGCUACCAAGACAUCAGAAUUUCAACCUCAUUUCCCGUCUGCGUACUGGCCUAUCAACCCACAAAUCUCUAUGCACCAUCACCAACUCACCUAACCUCCCGGCGUCUCUCAAAACGUAUGAUACCCAAAACCCUUCUGCCACCUCAUGGUUGGAUCAAGACAUUGUGUUCCCAUCACUUGCCAGUUGGGUCGAGGCUCAUAAGCUUGGUGGUGAUAGCAGCAAAGUUGUCAGACACUCGCUCGGUGAGAAACCCGACGCUGAUGUUGAUAAGAUUGAUAAAAUCCUUGAGCAGAGGUACCCAACUCCUGAUUAUGUUGUUCAAGCUUUAAAUGAGUGUGGUGUAAAUGGAUUAAGCGAUUUGGUGUCUCAGGUUUUGAAGAGAUUUAGCAAUGAUUGGAUACCAGCUUUUGGGGUCUUCAUUUGGGCCAAAUCACAAACAGGUUAUAGGCACCCACCAGAGUUGUGUAAUGCCAUGGUUGAUAUAUUAGGGAAAUCAAAAGAGUUCAAACUAAUGUGGGAAUUGGUUGAGGAAAUGAAUCGGGCAAGUGAGUAUGUUACACUGGAUACGAUGACUAAGAUAAUGAGGAGACUAGCAAAGGCUGGUCAGUAUGAUGAUGCUAUUGAUGUAUUUAGGAGCAUACAAAGAUUUGGGGUGAGCAGGGACACUAUGGCCAUGAAUGCACUGAUGGAUUUGCUGGUUAAGGAGAAGAGUGUUGAGCACGCUAGGAAAGUGCUUGUUGAGUUUAAGGAUUGCAUACCGUGUAAUUCUCAUACCUACAAUGUUUUGAUAUUUGGUUAUUGCAUAUGUAGGAAAUCAGAAGAAGCUCAGAAGAUCAUGGAUGAGAUGAAGAAAGAUGGACAUUAUCCUGAUGUGAUUUCCUAUACUUCUUUAAUUGAGGCUUAUUGCUGGGAAAAGGAUUUUUGCAAAGUAGAUGCUGUUUUGGAAGAAAUGCAAGAAAAGGGUUGUAAUCCUAAUGCCACAACCUACAGCAUUAUUGUUCGUGCUCUGGGGAAAGCAAGGAAGAUAGGUGAAGCUCUGGAAGUGUAUGAGAAGAUGAAGGGUAACAGUUGUUUGCCAAACACUUCAUUUUAUAGUUCAUUCAUAUUGGUAUUAAGUAAGGCUGGUAGGUUUGAGGAUGCAACCAAAAUAUUUGAUGACAUGGCAAAGCAGGGAGUUGGGUUAGAUGUUUUGACCUAUAAAACCAUGAUUUCUUCAGCUUGCGUUCAUCAAAAAGAAAAGCUCGCCCUAAAGUUACUUUGGAGGAUGAAAGAAGACUCACUGAAGCCGGACAUAAGGACUUACACACCUUUGUUGAAGAUGUUCUGCAAAAAGAAGAGAAUGAAGUUGCUUAGCUUUCUGUUAGAGCACAUGCUUAAGAACGAUACCAAAAUAGAUCUUGGAAUCUAUAGUAUUUUGGUGCAGGGGCUUUGUAAGAGUGGAAAACUUAAAGAAGCUUGUUUUUACUUUGAAGAGAUGGUUUCAAAGGGAAUCGUUCCCAAGAAUUUCAUACAUAGGAUGUUGUUGAAGAAACUUGAAGAGAAUGGUAUGGCAGAAGACCAGGAAAGGAUUGAAAAGCUGAGUGCAAGCAUUCUUAACAUGUCGUAAAAGAUGCUUCUUUGAGUCUCUUGCAUGCUCUGCAUCAAUAUCAUUGAAUCUAUAUUGCUGAACUACUUUUCUGUGAUGCAUGAGACUGCUUGUUCUGCAUCCAACUCUGGAGGCCUUUCAACCAAUCGAUACGCCCAGAGAGCAGCUUUUGCCAGAACUCAGAGCAGUUUCUUGAAAACUUGCUUUGGAUAUAAAUAAUGCUUUUCUAAGUCAAGCAGAUGGCAAAUUUUUUAUAUGCUUUCAAGCGACUCCAAUUGUUCUCUUGGAAUUGCCAUUUACAGGUAUUGACUUCUCUGCCCAUGAUUAAGCAGCAAGAAAAGAAAUAUAUAUAUUGUAGGGAUUAAAUACAGCAGAAAUGAAGUAAAAGUUUUGAAUGAAAAUAAUGAUCUAAUGAUUUACUAGUACAGGAUUGCAAUCUUACUGAGUACUAGCUUCCUCUGUAACUAUUGAUUUGAGUGUCCAAGUGUUUUCCAUUGGGAUCUCUUCUGA